AUGGACACUUUAGAGUUCCCAGGUGUGCCAGGAGUGGCUGUUAGCCCUGGAGAUGGAGCAAUGGAGCCAACUGUGGAAGCCACAGUACCAGCACAACUGCUUCCUACAUCUGAUGUUGAGUACAGCCCCACUGAGUUGGCCGAAACGCCAGAAGGCUAUGACCCAAACCUUGAGUAUGAUUUCGGCAAUCCACCUGGCUUGGAACCUGGUGAUCUUGGUGGCUUACAUCAACCUGUUCCGCCGAGCACUCCUUCGAGCACGCUUGGCAGUUUGAACAGCCAACCGGAACGGGAGGCUACUCCGGAACUAAGAGCCCCACAGCCAACCAAUGCGACUCCGGAAUCAUCAACUAUGACUCCUUUGACACAAGCUUUGAGGCGUGAUCUUGGAGCUUUGGAUGGCUUGCCUGCUAGACGUCAGGCGCAAUUUUCCGAAGAGAUGGAUGAAACACCCUGGCAAUGUUUUGUGUUGUCAAGGCAGGUCAAGAAGUACAAGAACCAGAAGCGCAAUCAGAAAGUUGGAGCCGGCCGUGAGUUGGUCUUUUCCAAGGAGACUCCUGAGGUCAGACUGGGCCUCAUUGAAACACGCAAGAAAGAAUGGAGCAACUGGAUGAAGUAUGCCAACGGCAAGCUCAUUGAUGACCAGAUGCUCAAGAAACUCAGAGAAGAUCAGCCAUGGCUACGAGUGAUCCCAACUCGUUGGGUCGAUGUUGACAAGGCUGAAGUUGGACAAACUAUGAGAUUGAAAUCAAGAUUAGUGGUUCGUGGCGAUCUGGAAGAUGCGACCAACAUGCGCACAGAUCCACCUACCAGUUCGCAGACCAUGAUGACUUUGGAGACCAUGAUGACUUUGGUUUUGAUUUUGUCCGCAUGCAGGGACACCAUUCUUUGGGCUGGAGGCAUUUCUGCCGCAUUUCUUCAAGGAGCCAAAAUGGAUCGCAUUUUGAUUCUUUCCUUACCAAAAGAUGGUGCUCCUGAACCAGAGUGUGAGGGCAAGUAUUACAUGGUCAGCACCACAGUCUAUGGCACCAAAGAUGCACCCCGUGGAUGGUUCAAAGUGUUGGAUGAAGAAGUCAAAGCAGAAUGUAUGAAACCGAUUCCUUUUGAGCCGGCAUCCUACAGUCUUCAGGAUGACGAUGGCAACCUUUCUGGACUUCUCAUUGCACAUGUUGAUGAUCUCAUGUGGACAGGUGGUGCUCACAUGGAGCGUGUCAUGGAAAAGAUCUGUCAGCGUUUCAACUUUGGCAAGUUGGAGAAGGACAACUUCAGAUACUGCGGCCGAGACGUCAGCCGCGAGAAGGAUGGCAUCCGAGUCACUUGCGACUCUUUGAUUGACCGAGUUCGUCCAAUUUAUCUUGACAUUGGCAAGAAGAAGAGCCCCCAUGCGCAUGUCACAGAAAAAGUUCGAGGACAACUUCGAAGUGUCGUGGGUUCUCUGGCUUGGCUUGCUCGUGUUUGCCGUCCUGAUUUGAGUUUUGGAGUUUGUCAUCUGCAAUCGUGCGUUCACGACGCUACUUAUGCGGAGAUCAAGUUUGCCAAUAGCUUGGUUGCACUUGCAAAGAGACAAAAGGGCAUGAACAACAAGAAGGGCAUUCUCCUUCCUGUUGAGUGGCAUUCAACGGUGAUCAAGAGGGUGAGCCGCUCUACUCUGCAAUCUGAAACUUUGAGCUUGGUUCUUGGAUCAGAAGAAGCAGAUCAUUUGCGCUAUGUCAUGCAUGGUUUGACCAACAAGCUGUAUAAGGAGCCAGAUUUCAUUGCUGCCCUGGAUUCCAUCGAUGUGAUGUGGGUGACAGAUUGUUUCUCGCUCUUUGAACACAUCAUGCGGGAUUGCAAAACGCAGUUGGCGUGGCGCAAGUGUGGUGAGCUGAUUGGAGAUCCUCUUUUGACUGACAAGAUUCCCAGUGACGCAACGACCACCGUAGUUUGGACCAGUACAGAUCGCAUGGUAGCAGAUGCACUUACGAAACAUAUGAAGCCAGGCAUGUUGGGUGAAGUCAUGAAAGGAACGCGCCGUCCCAACAUGAGGAAAACAACCCUGCUGAAAUGGGAAUCCCAUGACCCGGCGCAGGCCCUUGCAGCCAACAGUACUCAAGAAACGUUGGAGGAACCUGUCCCGAAGAGCGCAGUGGACGAAGAGUUGGAGGUCGUCCCAGUACCAGAUAGCAACAGCUCCAACUCCAUGCUGGGCCUCGUAGCUGCCGCUGUGGGGGCGGUUUGUUUGGUAAUUGUGGCUUGGCAGUGCUUCAAGUGGUUGACGAGUCCCAAAAAGACGCCUGCACCGCUCCUGGCUGACACCGAGCUGGGGGAAGGGGACCCAGUGCAUGGAGGUGAUGGGCCACAAAAUGCCCUGUGGAUGGGUGGCAGCGGCCCCGCACGGGAGUUGAUGCCAGCCACGUCCGCGGGCUUCACUCAGUUCUGA